AAUCAAACUCGCUUUGUCUCCAAGCUAGAGUCGAUCCUGAGCUCUAUGCAGAACUUCUUUCCUUCUGUCAUAGGACCUUUUUAAUUUUUCUCUUCUACCUUUUUAUCUAUCUUGGCUCUUUAUGCUCUCUUUCUCAGGUACGUACUUGUCUCUUUCUUCCUCAGAUUAAUAUUUGUGGUCAAUUCCUGCCAUAUCAUUGGAACACAUGCAGGUUAUAGUUUAUACUUUUUUUUUCCAUGGAAAAGAACUAUACGCUUAUAUUUUCCCUAUACUUGUUUGUUUUCCUUUCUGUCUAUGAAGCUAGCCUUAUGUAGUCAUGUUGUUUCACAUUGUGUAUUUUUUUCCAGUUUCUGAUCUGCAAACAAUUUAAAACCUUUGAUGGAAUUUUAUCGUGAAAACCACACACUUGAACAAAGCUAUUCAAUAACAGGAAUCUAUAAACAAGAUGUUUUAAUCCAAUUUUGCUAGGAAAACCUUAAGGAACCAAAGAAAUGCAUAGCAUCUGUAUUUAUAUCAUGUACAAGGUAAAUUUCCUGGAAUAAAUAGAUAACAACUCUUAUUAGUUACCCACGAACUUAAAUGUAUCAAUCAGACAAAACAUUACAGAUUUGGAUAAUCAGAAGAGGAGGUAAAAAGAAUGGCAUCGCUCACUCCAGGAGUACUACUAAAGCUUCUUCAGGGUAUAAACUCCAAUGUAAAGGUUCGAGGAGAAUAUCGAUCCGUUCUACUACAAGCCAUCAGCAUUGUGCCUGCCUUAACCGGAUCUGACCUGUGGCCUAACCAUGGCUUCUUCAUAAAAGUCUCUGAUUCCUCUCACUCGACAUAUGUCUCACUUUCAAAGGAAGAUAACGAGCUCAUCUUGAACAACAAGUUGCAACUCGGCCAGUUUUUCUAUGUGGAUAGGAUGGAAGCUGGAACACCAGUUCCUAGUCUUGUUGGGGUGAGACCAGUGCCAGGACGCCACCCUUUUGUGGGGAAUCCAAAGGAUCUCAUGCAAAUGUUAGAGCCAUCAGAGGGUCCAGUCCAAUCUGGUGACGAAGGACUAGAUGGUACAAAAUUGAGGGAGUUAUUGACCGAAGUAAAGGGCGAAAACCCAAGACAGAAAAUUGUUAUCAAAGAGGAGAAGGCAAAAGUCGCAUCUAGGUACAUGCAGGGUGUUUUGGCACCAAAUAAUGCUAAAGCAAGUGGAGUGGAUUCGAAUGGAGACGAGAAGAGUAACGAGAAUGAGAAUUUUGGGGCAAGUAAGAAGGUUGGAACGGUGAAAGGAAAGCAUCAAGAGCUGAAAGGUCAGGGAAUGCUUAGAAGGAGAAAUUUAGCUUCUUUGGUUGCAGCAGAAGCUCAGAAGCAGGCGGCCACGGCUGCAACUCUGGUCAGGUGCCUCAGUAUGUUUGCUGAUCUCUGCUCAUAUGCCUCGCUGGAGAACCCCCACCUGUAUCUUACCAAGUUCUUCACACUCUAUCAGCUGCUUGAACAACCGAAUGCAGCAACUCCAUUGAAGGAUAAGUCACUUCAGUUAUCAGCUCUCCUAUCUGUUCCAGACAUGGAAAAAACUGGCAAAAAGGCUGGUCCUAUUCACGGUAAAAGUAUGUUGAAGUCUCCAAAGGCUCCUAUUGAUUUAAGUGGGGCUGAGAAAUUAGAAUGGGCUAAAUGGGAUGAUGCAAGAGAGAUCAAAGAACUGAGAGAGGUUCUGUUAAAUGAAACAAGAUGUUGGUUUUUGAAAUUCUUGGAGGGGGCACUGGAUGUUGGGUUUCGUGUAGGUACCCAGGAGACGAAAGGUAAGGACGGUGCAGGAAGACAAAUGGAGCCAGACAACCAUAUUGCUGUCACAUUAUCACAGCUUAAGCAUGCGAAUGAGUGGUUGGAUAAACUGAGAAGCAUCUUGAGGUCAGAGAAUGAUGGGAUACUGGAGAUUGUUGAGCGGUUGAAGAAGAAAGUUUACACUUGUUUGCUUGUUCAUGUAGAGUCUGCAGCAUCAGCUCUGGAGAAUCGCUCUCAUCGUGGUUGAUCGAAGAAAGAUGACUGUCUUAGAAUUUUAUUCAUCUUCUGGUAUUUAUGAAUAACUUAUUUUAUUAAGGUUAUAUGGAUUUCUAACAACAAAUAAUUUAUUAAUUUGAGUCGAGCAAUGUUAUUGAA